AUGAAAAUUGGCUUAACUAUAUUCUGUAUAAUUUUAUACGCAUCUGCUUUAUCGUGUGUUUCCAACGUCUAAUACUACGAUAUAUUUGCGUCAGAGAAUGAGACUUAGGAAUGGGACAUGAACACCUUAUUUUUUACGGGAGAAAGUUUAAAGUUCAACAUCACUCAAGAAAGCAAUUUUUUUGAAGUUUUAAAUCCUUUACAUCAACUUGGCUCAUCAAAAAAUGCUUAUGAGGUGAAGAUUCUUUCUUUUAAACCUUUACAUUAAAACGACAAUGGAGGUUGGGCUAAUGCUUUCGCAGCUUUAGGUCAGAACUAAACAUAUUAUCAAGUUUUAUAUUCCUAAGAUGGUAUUUUAAAUCAAGUAAACGUUCCAAUUUUUAAUGAAUCCAUCAGAGUGAGAGAAAUUACAGAUAAUUUUAGAUGCUUUGAUUUGGAUUUCAUAUCAGAAACAAAAAUUGUUAUUGAUUGCACUUUGCCGUAUUCUGAUAUAACAGAAGCUCCUAUAAGUGGUUUCUUUAUAAUAGAUGUUAAAGAAUAGAGUUAUUUUGGGAUUGAAUUACUUGAAGAUACAUAAGAUUACAAUGAUACAUAAUAUAGAAUACUAUAAUUCCAUAAGUCUACAUUUGAAAAUUAAAAUGAAGCACGCUUAUUAUUUAGAAGUGAGCCCGCUUGGGGAACUUAAAGGGCAUAAUAGAAAUAGAUUUUAGAGUAAGAUAGCAAAAUAAAUGUAUUUUCAUUUACAAGCAAAUUUACACUUUUAUAGCCAACUCCUGUUACAGUUUUAACAAAAACAGUUUUAGCAAAAUUAUUAGGGGUCGAUGAGGGUAAAUUUACAUUUUAAUUGGUCGAUUUAUAAAUAGAAGCUAAUGGUAGAAUAAAUGUUUUAGAUGCAUUUAAUGGUGUAUAUGUACUAAAUUUUAAGGAAAAAAACUAAGAGUGGUAAUUAGAGAAUGUGAUUACCAGUGUAUUUGUGAGUACUUGUUUUGGGUUUAAUAUUCAUAACUUCAUUAAUAAGGAUGGGACUGUUACCUAGAGGAUGGUUCUCGUUUAUACAAAUAAGCUAUUAUUGUUAGAAAAUGGAUUAAUAAAAUUUGGAAUAUAAAUACCUGUUAUAGAAUGGUAUAAUACAUUUUAAAUCAAAUUGACUCAACAUUAUAUUAUUCUUAAAAUAAGAAAAACAAUAUAUAUUUACAAAGUAGAAAAUGGAAAAAAGGUCAUUUCACAGGAGGAAGAUUUCGAUAAAAUAUUGGCUAAUCCCAAUUACGAAGACGUUAUUGGAAUUAAUUCUUUAACUGCAAAACGAUUUUUCCUCAAUGAUGGUUUAUUAAAAUUGAAUAGACAGGAUAAAGCUACUUCUAAUAAUAAAAUUGUUACACUAAAAGCUGAAACUAUAGAAUAACCAUCAAAAUAAUGUUCAUUGACUAUUAAUUUAAAAGUUCUAAAAUAGAAUGAUCCAUAAAUUCUUAACUUUAAUAAUAAUCCAAUUAAUCCUAUUAUCACAAUUCCAUCUAAUCCAUUGCCUUUAGAAUAAAUUGCUUCAGGACCUAAUCUACAGUUUACAUCAGUAGAUUAAGUAGAAAAUGAAUUAUAAGACAAGAUUUCUUACACAAUUUAAUAAGUAAUGAAAUUAUCAAUUGGAAAUAUUCAUAUGCCAGAUCCCUCAGAUGUUAUUUACUAAGAUAUUUUAGUCAAUGAAAAUCCAUCCCAAUUUUAUUUGUUGUUUUAAGUAUAGACCAAAAUAGUCUAUAUUUAUACUUGCCAGCAAAUAUAUCCAAACUUAGAAAUCACGGAAUGCUAAAAUUAUAACACAUUUGGACUUCCUUCUAUCAUAGAUCAAAAUGUGGGUCACUUUUCAUGGUUCACUAAUUAUAACCAAUUAAUAAUUAUUCAUCAAAACUCACAAUUUAUAGUCAACAUUUAUUCUGUUAUGGAUGGGAAAGUGUCAAAUGUUUUUAGACUUAUGUAUGAUGAUAGAAGUUUUUUAAAUAAGAUAUCAUCAGUAGCAAUAAUCAAUGAUUACAUUUAUAUCGUCUAAUCUGGAUUAAAGAAAAUUUCAAUUUAUUAAUUAUAAGGUCCGUACUAAUAAUUACUUAUAAUUGAUUAGGAUAAGAUACAAAGGUUUGAGAUUAAUGGAUCUUUUACUCCAAUUAAAGUUUUUGGGCAUAAAAGUAAUAAUUUGGCAUUUAUACAAACCUAAACUUCUUUGUUGGUUGGAGCUUUCUCAAACAAGAAUUCUCCUUCCUUUGAGAUAUACAAAGAUAUUUCUAUUUCAGCUGGAUCGGAAUUAGGAGUAGCUAUUGGAGUUGACACCUUUUUCGUUGUACAAACUUUGAAAGGUGUAGAUCGAAUCGAAGAAUAUAAUUACUAACAUCUUCAAAACAUAUUUAAACUAAAAGACCUUCCAUUGUUCAAUUAUAAACUCUAAAAACCUUUAACCGUAGAUUAUUCAUUGAAGAACGGAUGGCUAUAUUUAAGAGCAACUGAUGGGUUAUAAACAGUUAUAUUAGUAUAUGAGCCAAAUGUCUUAGUUCACAGUUCUUUAAACAAAGUUAUAGAAACAAAACGACUUGUAAAGGAUGGAUUGAAUUUUGAUUUUGCCGUUGAUGGUGGAGAUUAAAUGUUUUUGUAUUACAAAAAUCUUUCUCAACAUCAAUUUGUCAGCAUUUUCUCAAAACCUUUCCUUUACUUCACUCCAAAAGCAGAUCAAGCGGAUUACGUUAAUAAUUAAAUUGUAGCAAUAUAGAUCGCUGGAUUUUCUGGGGUUACUCCAUUAUAUCAAUAAUCUUUAAUGACUAUACUCAACACCUAAAGUUAAUUAUUCAUUUCAUAAUCCUUAUUUGAUAGCAAAAAGAAGAUAUACCAGUUUGUAAAAUAAUCUGGAAUUUAAUUUAUAAAUAUGGGAAAUGAUUGGUAUUCAGGUUAGGUUACAAAUUUUGAUAUAAAAUGCUCUCAAUGCACAGGAUCAUUCCAUAUAAUAUCAAAUAUUUACAAGGUUGUAGAUGGUUAAUCCUACGGUCAAGUUAUGGAUGGCGCAUCAUUUGGAUUAGCUGGAUAAGUAUAUUAAACAAGAAACGCUUUGAUGUUUGAAGAUAUAAAUGGAUAAUUCAAGCUUAAAAUAUUAAUGGACUUGAAAACUGAAAGGUGCAAUUCUAUUUCAAUCUCAGCAGAUUACAAUUUCAUCUUGUCAGCUUUUUAAAAUGCUAACAAUGAGGCAGGUUUAUUUAUUCAUAAAUGCAAGUACUAAGAUGCUUGUUCUCAAUUUAGACAAGGUAUCUAAACUUUCAAAGGGUUGCAAAAGAUCUCCAAAACUUACAUGCCUGAUUCAAAAAAUAUCAUCAUUUUAAAUAGUCCUGACAAUUUUUCUGUUUAACAAAAUUUUAUAGUUGUGGCUAACUUGGAUGAUGAUGGCACUCAAUUCACCAUUUCCCAUAAGUAUGUUAUUAAUUACUAAUUUGUUGCAACAAAUUAAUUAUUCAUUGGUGAUUUUGACCUUAUCAAAUACCAAAUUAAUAAUUAUGUAUAUUCUACUCUCCUGUUUACUGAUACCAACAAUGGCAUCUAUUUUGCUCAUUUUACAUAUAAUGAUUAAGGAUAAUUAUUUAAAACUUCCUAUGAAUUAUUUAAGCUAAUCAAUUUCUCUGAUGAUUAAUUCUUUAUCAAUUAAGACACCAAGUUUUAAUAGGUGAAGGUUAUUUCAUCUUAAUUAAAUGGAAACAUUUUAUAACUGAAUGUGUUAAUUACCACUAAUAAUUAAGCUCAAUAUGUAUUUGCUUUUGACUUAGAUGCUUCAAAACCAUCCUUCGGGCUUCCUAUUAAAAAAUCAAGCACAUCUUUAUUAUAUGUUUUAACCCCUUAUGGAAAUUGGCCUUCUCUAAACAAAGCUUCUUACAUAGAUGGUAACGUGGCAAUCCCUUACACUGAUGGAUACAAAGUAGUCAUUGGAAUUUAUCCUCUAACAAGUGGUCGACCAUCAUCUGCCAAAAUUACACCAUUUACACAUUCUAUUUCAGCUGAUUAUCAUAAACUAAUCACCAGUGAAGACUUUUUUAUGAUAUUCAACAAAAAUGCUGGGUCUAAUUAUCCAUACUUGUCUGUUAAUAUUAACUAUGAUGCUAGAUAUGAUGAAUAUCUUGUAGAAAAAUAUUAAAUGAGAAGUGAUCCUUAAAUCGUUUUAAGUAAAACCACUAAUUAUCCAAAUGAACUUGUGAUUAACCUGUAUUUGAAAAAUGAUUUUAAUCAAAUAUAAGGUUAGACAACUUUACAAUCUAAGAGUUCAGUAGAUUAAAUAAAUAAUGUUGGAGAAGAAAUAAAUUUCUUGUCAUUAGCUUGA